CCUCAACGCUCUGACAGGAUUACUCCAAAAAAAAAAAAAAAGAAGAAGAAGAAGGUGAAUUACAGGCGUCAUUGCAUGGCGUCCACGCGUCCCGGACCAUCGGCCGCCAUAUCACAGUAAGAUUACUAGCACUGAUUCACUUAUAAGGAGUCCUUAAUCCGCUGGUAUAAAAGGCGCUUAAAUCAGAAGUCGACAUGUAGCCCUUUCACAGGAAUAUUCUGAGCCAUGGACACGCAGAGGCCUUUCCUCGAGCCGACCAUGUUUAACUUCGUCAGCGAUAUGGAUUGCGAAGUGCCUCCGGGUUCCGUCUUUGAAGAUGCGGAAGGCCUGGACACUUACCACAUGGACUACGACGGAGCACGCGAGGACCUCACCUCCGCCAUUAACGGGUUUGACUGCACAGGUGCGCGCGCAGGUGAGAACGCGGUCCGGAGGGCGCCGAAGCGGAAGCGCGUGAUCACGGGCGUGCAGCGGCGAGCCGCCAACAUCCGCGAGCGCAGGAGGAUGUUUAGCCUCAACGAGGCUUUCGAUGAACUCCGGAGGAAAGUGCCGACCUUCGCCUACGAGAAGAGGCUGUCGAGGAUCGAAACGCUGCGCCUGGCCAUCGUGUACAUCUCCUUCAUGACGGAAUUAUUGGAAAAAUGAAAUAAAAGAAAUAGACGGGACCUUUUACAUAAUAAUAAUAAUAAUAAUAAUAAUAAUAAUAAUAAUAAUAAUAAUAAUAAUAACAACAACAACAAUAAUAACAAUAACAAAAUAAUACAUUAUUUAUCAGCGUCUCAGACAUGACACAACACUGUACAUAAACAUACAGCCUAUAUAUAUAUGAACACAUGCAAUAACAUAAACACUGCAUGUAUAUAUGGAAAACAAUAAAUAAACAAUAUCAAGAAUAAAUAAUAAUUCUAAAAUUUUAUACAAAUGUAUAAAAGUAGCCACAUCAUCAUCAAC